UCUCUGACCCCACCUUCUCAUUCUCUCUCUAAAAUUUCCUGUUUUUCUUCUUCGAAAAACUGACGUCUGCGUUUCUCGUAUCUAUCCUAUUUUUUCUCUAACCCUAAACUUUUCUAUUUCAGUUACUAAAAUCCGUACAGAUUCUCCUCUUCAAUUCAAUCCAAUCCAAAAUCGUAUACCGGCAUAUUUACUUAUAUUCAUAUGUAAUUUAUUCAUGGGCAAAUAUAAUAAAUAUUUGCUGAGAUGAUUCAAAUCCCAAUCUGAAGACAACCUUCGGCGUUUGAGAAGGAAAUUGGAAACGCCAUCUGAUCCAUAUAUGGCGAACGGAACGGACGUCAAGGAUAUGCUGGUGGCUAAGGUUCGACCAGGUCUAAAACGGGAGUUUGAAUUUGCGUUCAGGGCUCUCUCGGAGAUCUCUGGUUCGUUAGGUCGGACCCGUGCUAAACGGGUUCAGAGUGGAGCCUCCCCAACGAAUGGAAGUGCGGAGAGAUCUAAUAACAAGAAAAGAUUGAAGGCUAGUGGCUCAAAGGAGUCCGUGAAAGGGGAAAAAGUGAGGGAUUUGGAGGAGAAAGUUGUGGGUUGUGGAGAGGAAGUGGAGGUUGUGAAGGAAGAGGAGGCGAAAAGUGAUUUGGUGGAACUGGGGAGUGGAGAUGAGGAGGCAAAGGUUGGAUUGAUUGAAUCAGUUCCUCUUUUAGGAAGGGAAGUCAAUGGUGUAGAUAUCGAGAUUGUGGAAGAGAAGGAUAAUAGAGUUGCUUCAAUGUGUGUAGAAGAGACACAGAAGAAAAAUGAACUCGAAAAGCCAGUAAUAAGUGAGGACAUGCAGAGAAAUGAUGUUAAUUGGAAUGGUGUAUGUGAGGAAAGGCCUGGUGGGUCAUUAACAAAUUCCUUGAAUAAUGAGGAUUUAGAGGACAAGAUUAGCUUGGAUAAGGUUAUGAUGGAUGAGGGUUUAAGAGUGGGUGAUAUGAAUGAUACAUACGAGGAAGGAACUAGUGACUUGGUGCCAGUUUUAAUGGAAGAGGAGUCAAAGAACAAACUGGAGAAGGCGACGGUUUUAGAAAGCAUCAGUGAUUCUGAAUUAAAGGGCGACAGAAACAUUGUAUGUGCAGAAGGGACUAGCAAUUCAUCCGCAAUUGUUGCUAACAGCGAAGGGGUUGAAAUACAAUCAUCGCCAGUUUUGGUUAAUGAUAUUAACGGUAAGGUGGAGGAGAAGCCUUUUAGGAGGUUUACCAGGUCAUUGCUAAAGCCGAAAACAGAGAUAGUGGAAGAGUUCAAUACUAAAGAUGAGAAUACCUUGGAUAAUUCAAAAGAGGUUGAUAGAAAUGACAUAUGUGAGGCGGGAACUAGUAGGUCGGUGCCAGUUUUAAUGGAAGAGGAUUCAAAGAACGUAAUGGAGAAGGUGACAAUAAACUUGGUUCUAGAACGCAACAGUGAUUCUGAAGUAAAGGGCGACAUGAAAAAUGUAUGUGAAGAAAGGAUUAGCAUGCCUUCUGCAGUUGUUGCUAACAGCGAAGGGGUUGAUAUACAAUCAUCGAGCUUUUUGGUUAAAGGUAACAAUGGUAAGGUGGAGGAGAAGCCUUUUAGGAGGUUUACCAGGUCAUUGCUAAAGCCGAAAACAGAGAUAGUGGAAGAGUUCAAUACUAAAGAUGAGAAUACCUUGGAUAAUUCAAAAGAGGUUGAUAGAAAUGACAUAUGUGAGGCGGGAACUAGUAGGUCGGUGCCAGUUUUAAUGGAAGAGGAUUCAAAGAACGAAAUGGAGAAGGUGACAGUAAAAGGGGUUUUGGAAAGCAACAGUGAUUCUGAAGUAAAGGGUGACAGGAACAAUAUAUGUGAAGAAAGGAUUAGCAUUUCGUCUGCAAUUAUUGCUAGUGGCGAAGGGUUUGAUAGGAAUCAUACACGUGGGGAAGGAACUAGUGGGUCGGUGCCAGUCUUAAUGGAAGAGCAUCCAAAGAAGGAACUGGAGAAGGCGACUUCAAACGGGUUUUUAGAAAGAAACUGUGAUUCUGAUGUAAAGGGCGACAGGAACAAUUUAUGUGAAGAAGGGGCUAGCUUGUCUUCUGCAAUUCUUGCUACUAGCAAGGGGGUUGUUAUACAACCAUUGCCAGUUUUGAUUAAUGAUAGAACUGUUAAAUUGGAGGAGAAGCCUUUUAGGAGGUUUACCAGGUCAUUGCUGAAGCCAAAAAUAGAGACAGUGAAAGAGUUCAAUUCUAAAGAUGGUGUAGAAGGAAAUAAUGGGAGCGGGAGAUCAAGUGGGGCUGAUCAUAUAGGUAGUUCAUCUGCUGGGCUUUCAAAGAUGUUGAGGAUUGAUUCAUCAAGGAAGUUCCCUACAAAAUUGAAGGAUCUUCUUGAUUCAGGUAUAUUGGAGGGACUGAAAGUGAAGUAUAUGCGUUCUAAGGCUAGGGGGGCUGGAGAGGCAGGGUUGUGGGGAGUUAUCAAGGGAUCAGGGAUUCAAUGUUUUUGUCGUGUUUGCAAAGGACAAGAAGUUGUUACACCUGCUUUAUUUGAGUUGCAUGCUGGCAGUUCAAAUAAACGUCCACCAGAAUAUAUUUACUUAGAGAACGGGAACACACUUCGUGAUGUGAUGAAUGCUUGCAAGGAUUCAUCAUUGGAGAAUUUGGAUGCAGCUGUGAGGCUUUCUAGUGGUUGUUCAUCUUUGCAGAAAUCUACCUUCUGCCUGAAUUGCAGAGGAUCUAUUGCUGGGACUGGCACUGGAAAAUCAAUGGUAUUAUGUAGUCAAUGCAUUGGAUUCAAAGAGUCUCAAGCUGGCAUGCCGGUAACAACAGAUAAUGACAAAGGAACUCCAAAACAAAUUCCUCUUCCAAAGUCGACUGAAAGUGCGAUAAAGUGCAGCACAUCACGAAGCAAGAGUCAGGGGAGGCUUACAACGAAGGAUUUGCGGAUGCAUAAAUUGGUUUUUGAAGAAGAUGUCUUGCCUGAUGGAACUGAAGUUGCUUAUUAUUCUCGAGGACAGAAACUAUUGGUUGGUUACAAGAAGGGUUUUGGCAUAUUUUGUUCCUGCUGCAAUGCUGAGGUCAGCCCCUCCCAAUUUGAAUCCCAUGCUGGUUGGGCAUCACGUCGAAAACCCUAUCUACAUAUUUACACAUCUAAUGGGGUGUCUCUUCAUGAAUUGGCAUUGUCACUAUCAAAAAAUCGGAAGUUUUCUACUCAUGAAAAUGACGAUCUCUGCCAGAUUUGCAAAGAUGGUGGGAAUCUUUUGUGUUGCGAUACAUGUCCAAGGUCUUAUCACAAAGGAUUGGAAGAGUGGACUGAGAAAGUUGUGACUAGCUUGUAUUUUCCUAGGAGAAAGAUGAUUUGGAGAGAGAUAGCUAUUUGUCAAGGAAAGUUAUGGUUGUCAUCCAUAAGGAAAGUAGAUGGGGAACUUCUUGUUGAAUGUCUUUCUCUACCAGAAAUUCCGAAGGGUAAAUGGAAUUGCAAAUUUUGCUUCAACAACUUCCAAAAAGAAAAGUUUGUGGAGCGUAAUGCUAAUGCAAUAGCAGCAGGAAGAGUUGCAGGAGUUGAUCCUAUAGAACAAAUAACAAGGCGGUGCAUUCGUAUUGUCAAAACGCUAGAUUCUGAAUUUGGUGGAUGUGUGAUAUGCAGAGGCCAUGAUUUUGCCAAGUCAUUUGGUCCUCGUACUGUUUUACUUUGCGAUCAGUGUGAGAGAGAGUUUCAUGUUGGCUGUUUAAAGGAUCAAAACAUGGAGGAUCUAAAGGAGUUGCCUAAAGGGAAUUGGUUUUGUUGCACAGAAUGCAGCAAAAUUUAUUGUGCUUUGCAUAGAUUGGUUGCUCGUGGAGAAGAGAGGCUUCCAGAUUAUUGCCUAGAUGUUAUAAGAAAGAAGCAUGGGGGAAAUGAUUCAGAGACUGGGGAAAAGAAGAAUGAAGAAAGCAGUUCAGUUACUGGGAGUGGCAUUGAUGUGAGAUGGAGGCUUCUUAAUGAUAAAAUUGAUCCUUCUGGUGACACUGCAGCUUUGUUAUCUGAAGCCCUUGCUAUUUACCAUGAACGCUUUGAUCCUAUAUAUGUAACUGGAACUUCUAGCAAAGCUGACCGUGACCUCAUCCCAGCAAUGGUUUUUGGAGAGAACCUCCAAGGGCAGGACCUGGGUGGCAUGUAUUGUGCCAUAUUGCUUGUCAACAAAGUGGUCGUGUCUUCUGCAAUCAUUAGGUUUUUUGGGCCGGAAAUGGCUGAACUUCCUUUAGUUGCAACUAGUACCAAAGCCCAAGGACAGGGAUACUUUCAGGCCUUAUUUGAUUGCCUUGAAAAGCUACUUGGGUUUCUCAACGUAAAGAAUCUUGUGCUUCCUGCAGCAGAAGAAGCUGAGUCUAUUUGGACAAAUAAAUUUGGCUUUGACAAAUUGACCCAAGAAGAGUUUAUAAAAUUUAGGAAAGAAUAUCAAAUGAUGGUCUUUCAAGGGACGGCAAUGCUGCGAAAAUCAGUCCCUAAGUGCCGGAUUGUUGGUCGACCAGAAGGCGGUUAAAUAUUCUGAGGGAUGUGAAUGCUUUUUGUAGAAGAGGGGGAAGCAAAUUUUUUCAGGAGUCUUUUCCUUGUGUACAUGAUCGGGUUUUUGCAGUGUAGUAGUGUACAGGAGAUGUAGAUGAUGUUAUAGAUGAAGCUUACAAUUCUUUUUGUAGAAGGAAAGUGGAGAAGGAUCAUUCAUAGCCAUAGGCACAUUUAAUAGAAGAUAAUACAGGAGUAAAAGUUUUGAAGGAGCAACAAAUUUGGCUGUUGACUAGCUAAGUUUUGAAGUAGUUGAAUAGAUUUUGGGAGCUUAAUUUUGUUCUUGGAAAUGAAAUUCUUUUGGAUUUUAUAUUUUGCUUGAAUGUUAACAACGCCAUGAUGCAGCAAUUGUAUUUGUUGAUAUUUGAUUUUGGCAUGUCGAUGAAUGGGAAGCAAAAUAUAGAACCAAAAUGGUCUUUCAUUUA